UUUAUGAGAAUGGAAUUGUCCUUUUCUUCUUAUGGGAUUUCCCGACCAAUGGUACACGAUCGAUCGGAAGAGGAUAAAUAUUUCUAUUUGUGUGGCAGCGAACUGUUGGUGAAUGUUUAAAAAAACACUUCUGUUAAACCCGAAUAGUCAUCACAUAUUAAAGUACUGAACGUGCAAUAUUAGUAAAACAUAAGUGGAUAGAGUCCUAAGGGAAUAACAUUCCCACACUGCUAUAAAACAAUCAAAUAAACUUAAAGUUAGUAACAAUUGAGCUUUUCAGAAAUUGAAAUAGUUUGCAUGAUAAAAAUAUUUCUCAUUGCACACUCUGGCUCCAGUAAGCAGUCCGGGUUUAGUCACAUCGGUACACGAAUACUAUUCAGAACGGUUUAUAGACCCUUAUCACGUCACUCGCAAUAGAUUGUUGCCGAAAAUGGUGGUAGCACCCUCAGCCUAACGUACGUCCUCCACAAGGAAACAAAAAAAAAACGAAACGGAAACAAUAACUAGCAACAACAGCAGAGUCGAAAAAAAAUGGUUCAUGAUCCUUAUCAAAAACCAGAAGAAUAACCACUUGACCAUCGACCCACGCGCUCAAGAAUUGGGAAAGGUGUUCACGACUUUUGGGCUGGUGGUUUCUUAAAUUCAUCACCAUCGAUAUAGAACGUUAGAGCUCGGAAGCAAUGUUUUGCAUGAUACCACGAUCAAGAGGUAAAAGGUCAUUUGAAGGAUGAAGGGUAGAGGUGUGUUAGGAUUUUCAACUCACACCUCAAAAGUCAGUAAUGUUCACCACCCUCAUUCAGGCAAUGGUAUCCUUCAAUUCCGACCGAUUAGAGCACAAUGUACAAGAACGUGUGUAUAAGGCAGGGUUUUUUUUCCAAUCCAAACCUUACCAUCGAAGGAAGGCUGUGAUUACGGGGGCGACAAGGUGUUGAAAGAAUCUUAAUCUAAAUCAAAUAUGUAUCGUUAUUAUGGGUGUUAUUUAAACUUCCGUGUAACCAAACAAAAAUUAUGCAGGAAAGAUAUUUAAGCAAGGGAAUAAAAAUUGGGCUUACGUAGUUGGACAAAUGAAUAAUAUAAAAAAACAUUUCAAGAUCCAAAAAUAUAAAAUAAAGAAAAACAAUUUUCAAUUCUCACUGUCGUAGAACACAAAGCUGGCAUAGCAGUACGUUCUUCAAGCUAUCCCCUGCAAACAACUACAAAACUAGCAAAACAGAAUAAUCUACAUGACACAUACGGUGGCCGCGUACAGGCUUUCGCACCAUAUGCAUCGGUCUCAAACUUCACCACGGAUGACUAGUAUCCAGCACAAAGCUCAUUAUGCAUUCCGUCCCAUACGCCUGUCUGACGUCUGCGUCCGGUUGGCAAAGUGCAGUUUACCCGUAGCCGACAGAAUCAAUAAACAACUGGAGAUGAGCGCAAAUCAUGUUGCACCAAAUGCGAAGAAGCAACCGCCACCAUAUGUGCGGCGGUUUUGUAGAGGUUUGACCUUCAACAAUAGGUAUCCCCUUUUUUACCAACACCCCUUCACCAACUUGCGACCAUGACCGAGUGUAACAGCAUAGAAGGAUGGUAAACACGGACACGGGUGAGUUUCUCUAGGCACUUGUGCAAGCAACAUUUCCUAUUCGCCAAGAUGACACAAACCGUGUUGACAUAAGGGUUCAAAAGUAUGCUCUCCAUGUAUGUAGAUGAAGAACUAUUUAAGCCAUCGCUUAUGUCGAGCAGUUCAUCACUUAGAGAUACGUCGGAGAAAGCGUACAGUGGAGUACAUUUAAUCGCCCUCCGCGACAGGAUGACAUCUUUGAGUGCUUCUCAGCUGGUGAUACUGGUAAUUUUGCUUCAAUAUCCAAGAUAUUCAUUCGGCUUCGGUUGGUGGUUUCUAUGGCCCAUGACAGGUGUACUAACGGCUCUCCAGACAACAACGACUACAACAUCUCCAUCCGAUGCCGUUUCAUCUAUCGUUAGUCAAUCCGCCAAUGGAUUACAGAUAUCGCUUGGUAAUCGUGAAAACAGCUCCACAGUCGGUGUGGAUGGUGGGACGAAUAUUUCGAACGUGGAAGUUAACUACGCCCGUGAACUUCCUUUGAAGUAUGAUCAUGUCUUCGCCACCCUCCAGGAAGAAGCGACCAACGAAAUUAGAUCCAUAUCGGAUGGCACAUUCUCACCCGAUGUAUGGAUAGAAACCAUUCUGGAAGCAUACUACCGUGCGGCAAAUGAUAGUCGACAAGACAAAUUAAGUGUACUUAUCAACCAGCUCGGCGAUCUAGAAGCCUAUGCCGAAGAUGUUGCGGCGAUGCUCGAUCGUAUUAGGAUCGCUUUCGGUAUCGAGCUUAAUCAAAGACUGCUGACACUAGACGCGGCAGUAUUAAAAUGCGCCCAAGGGCAAGAGGUUGUAGAUGCGAUUGCAAAGAAGGUGUUCCAAGGUAGCCGUGAGUGCAUCGCGGAUCGUCUCGAACGGGUAAGAAAUGCUCAACAGGAAGCAGCUUACAAUAUGAGCCGUAAGCUCAUAGAAUGGGACGAAAUGUAUCUCAGAACCGAAAUUGCAAAUUGUCUGGAAGAUGGUACCAAUGCUAUUUGGUCGGACAACGAUUACCAACUCGCAUGUAUAUCAAAGAUUCUGCAUGAGGUUCAUCGUAAAACUUUGCUCAUGCCACACACCGCACAGCAGUUAACGAUGGAAGCAAACAACGAGUUUGGUACAGCAAAAGUGGACAUGUUACAGUGCGCCAGUGACCUUGUAGAGCAAGCGAAAGAAAGCCUGGGUGAUAUAUCUAUCAUCAUUACAGACUGUCAAACACGUGCUUCUGAGCAACAAAAUCAACAGAAUGUUAAUCAGCAGACUGACAGAUCCUAGCGUUAAAUGGCAGAUUAUAAAGAUAAAAAGCCCUUACAACAGGUGCCUGUUGAUCUACAUUAUAAAAACAUCAAAUAAACAAUACAUUAGCAUCCUUGUCUUCGUA